ACUUUGUAAAUAGUUUGCUGCCAUCUACCGGUCGUUUUUGCGACAGUUUAGUUAUUUACAACGCAAAUCGCAACCAAGAUGUCGGCAUAUUCGUCAGCUGGUGGGGCUCUAAAAUUGAAGGGAAUUGGAGAUGUAGGAUCGAAGAAGAAGAAGAAAAAGAAGAAGGAAAGUAAGAAACUAGAGCAGAUAAUGACUUUGAGAGAGGAGGAAGAGCAAGAAGAAAGACAGGCAAAGAGGGAUAAGCGAACCAAGGCCCAGAAAGCUUUUGACAAGGUCCAAGAACAGAGGCAACUGGUCAGGAUCCUUGACAAAGCUUCCAAGAAACAUAAAGAGAGAGUUAAUGAAUUCAACUCGAAGCUGGACACCCUGACAGAACACUUUGACAUUCCCAAAGUCAGUUGGACAAAAUAAAAGGAUCUCUGCAAAGGCUCUCUUCAUUUGUUUACACAUUUGAUAUCUAAGUGGAAGAACUGUUCCUAAUUUCAAGAGAACUCAAUAGCUCCUUCACGGCUGCCUGUACAAGAUCUUCUGUAAAGAGAUUCCACGGCACUGUGAGCACUUUGGAACUGAUACCGUGAAAGGCCCCCAAUUCGGCAUGCUUUCUUCUGACAGUCUGUUCAGCUAUUGCAUUUUCCGAUGAUCCCUUGCUGUUAGGUGGAGACAAGUCUGGAGGUUAGGAGUAAUAAGGCCAGGCCACUACUUCUCCCACAUGUGACUCGCCCAGAGGUCAAAGUUUGCCAAAUCUGGCCUCCAGACCAGCAUCCACACCAUCCCUAGUUCUGAAAAACAGUUUUUAAUGUAUGGAUGAUAAACCACAUGUAUUUAAUUAACUGGACGAUUGAGAUUGUCGUCACGUUUUUGAUUUUGAUAAUGACAAUAGAAGUUUGACUGUCCUGAUAUUUAUUUUUAAGUCCCAAGAGCCAUAUGCACCGUCUUUAAAGUUCAAUAUCCUUAACUUCAAUUUAAACAUGUAAUAGCACCUUAUGAGCAAUUACAAUAUAGACAUAGUAAAACUAUGGAUGGAAUUGAAAGACAUUCGUAUGUUGACUUCGGGUCACAUGAUUGUUAUUUUCAUAGCAAUUGAAAUUGUCCAAUUAUUUCUUCAAACACAAUCUGUAUUUUGCCCAUAUGUGUAAGGAAGGCCUUGUUUGGGAAAUUGGAAUAUUGAAUGAUCUGGAUAGCAGAACCAUGCCUAAUGAAAAGUUGAUACAAACUUAAUUUCAUCCAUGGAGGGCCAGCAACACCAUCUUAUGUGUAGAACUUAUAUGACUGUUCCUUUAGUAACCCAAAAAUGACAAAUAAAAGGAAAGUUCACACUGAAUGGUUUGGGACUAGUUCCAUAAAGAUUUUUGACGCUGGUAACUUUGCCAUUAUGGCAGCUACCAUGGUAACAGGGCUCAGCAGCCAAUCACGAUCAAGUUUUUCAUGGUAAAUACAAAAUGGCAAAGGUACAAUCGUUACAAAUCUUUAUGAAACAGGCUCCUGAUCUGUGAUACAUUUUACACCUCGCACUUAUGAUAGUAUGUCAUUUCUUGAUAUCAUUAUGGUCGGCAACACAUGUUCUAGAUAACAAAUUCCGGCAUUAUGGCCUUCCAUAAUUUAGAGAUAUAUUUGAUUCUUACACACCUUCUUAAGGCGGGACCCAGAUAUAGGUUGUAUAAUUUAAUAUAGUAUUAGGAAUAUUUGUUUUACCAUGUCCAGAAAAGACUUUUAAUAAUACUUAUUGGCAUACUCAUAUUAGUGAAUUCUUUGGGCUUAUUAGAAAUACUGGACUUAAGAGAUGUAAGUAGUUUUGAUGAUGAUGAUAGUUAUAAUAGAUGGUGAUCAUAUUUGUUGAUAAAAUUUGUGAUUUGUAUAAAUAAUGUAUAUUAAAAGUUCAUACAUGUACCUUUGUAA